GUCACCGAGUUCCAGGUGACAGACAGCCCAGAGGCCAAGGAGCAGGUACUGGCCAACCUGGCCAACUUCGCCUACGAUCCCAAAAACUACGAGUACCUCCGGCAGCUUCAAGUCCUGGAUCUGUUCCUUGAUACGCUCACUGAAGACAGUGACACCCUCGUGGAGUUUGCAAUUGGUGGUCUUUGUAACCUCUGCCUGGAUAAAACUAACAAAGACUACAUCUUGGAGGCAAGUGGGGUAGAGCCCAUAAUCAACUGCCUCUCCAGCUCCAAUGAGGAGACAGUCAUGUCAGCAGUCACGACGCUGAUGUACCUGACAACGCCGCAGUCGCGCCAGCAGACCACGGCUCUCCCAGUGGUGGAGUGCAUGCUUCGCUUCUCUCUCUCAGCCAGCAGAAGGCUAAGCAAUCUGGCAACCGUCUUCCUGGAGGAUUACUGCACACCGUUGCAAGUGGAAGAGGCCAGGAAUCUAAGCAAACACACAGCGGUGGGGAUUCCUCUCCCCAAGGACUGA